AUGGCUGCCGAGCCUCGGGCGGAGGGCGAGGUCGAUGCGGAGAUGCAAGAUGUCUUGCGGAUGCGUGCCGCAGCCGGCUAUGCCACGCCAGAGGAUCAGCUGCCGGUGCCGUACGUCACCUCAGGCGAGUGGAGCUAUGCCGGCGAGCUCCCAGAUCUAGGCGGCCCCGACCCCGUGGAAGCUUCGGAGACCAUUAGCGGCGACCUGCAGGACCUGUGGCGAGGAGCCGUCGGAGGCGUGCCCGUCUCGGAGCGAAGCGCUAUUGCUGCUGAGUGCGUUGUGGGCGAGAAGAAGAAGGAUGCAGCAAAGCAUGUUCAGCUGGUCAAGGGCAUGCCGGGCAUCAAUCAGAGGCUGCUGCGGACGCACCUGAGCCACCUGAUGGACAGCACAUAUGAUGUGGGCUCCGAUGUGAUUCGUCCGCACGGCUGGAAGAAAGAUCAAAAGGAUGAGACGGCCAUGGCUGUGGAAGUGGACGAACUCGUCUCCUGCGCCUUCCGUCGCCGUGAGUCGGCGCAGCAGAUCAAGGCCCAUGUGAGAAGGCGCCACGUCGAGGAUGAAGACAGCAUCAUCUGA